UAACUUGACUUAUUCUUAAUUUUAAUAUGAGUAGAUGAAAUCCAGAAUCCUGAUUGGUUGAGUGUACAUUAUAAUGUACAAUACCUGUUCAUAUUGACCCGAGCGUUCCAUUUUAGUGCGCACUCAAAAUAACUGUUUGAUUUUGUGCAACCGUUACAUGCUUACAUCUGCGUGUGUGUGUGUGUGUGUGUGUGCAGAGGCAGUUUGUAAUCAGCUGUCAAAGUGGGCUCUGGCUCCAUCACAGCAUUGGAGAGCAGAGCUGGGUGUGGAGCAGUGAAAAGCUCCCAGGUCCACUCUGCAGGCGGAUCCACGCAGCAGCAGUAGCAGCACCGUGGAGCACGGUGGAGGACGGACCAUCAGCCAGCACUUCUUCUAUGUAUUGAUAACAUGGCAGUGUGAGUCCUUCUGUGUGUUUGGCUUUGACUGUUUUCAGACUGCAGUGCCUAUAUUGGGAACCAUUCCAAAAGAGAGAUGAUUGAGCUGGACCUUGCUGAGGGCAGCCUGAUUGAUGAGCUGAUAGAGCUGACGGCACAGAGCCUCGGUCGGCUGGAGAUCCAGGAACACUUUAACAUCGUCAAGGAGAUCGGUCGAGGGAAAUACGGCAAAGUUCUACUGGUCACACAUCGCUUCAGGGGGACUCCCAUGGCCUUGAAAGUGAUGCCCAAAGCCUCGACUAAGCUGCAGGGCUUUCUGAGAGAGUACUGCAUCUCCUUACACCUGUCCUGCCACCCCUGCAUCGUGGGCCUCUUUGGCAUCGCCUUCCAGUCCAAUGAGCACUACUGCUUCGCCCAGGAGCUUGUCAUCGGGAGGGACCUGUUUGCUGUCAUCCAGCCAAAGGUGGGCAUCCCAGAGUCUUCAGUAAAACGCUGUGUCCUCCAGAUUGCCAGCGCCCUGGAGUUCAUCCACAGCCACGGCCUGGUCCAUCGAGAUGUCAAACCUGAAAACAUCCUCUUGUUGGACAAUCGUUGCUGCCAAGUCAAGCUGGCGGACUUUGGACUUGCCCAGAAGAGAGGCACUCUGAUACGCUUUAUAAUGGGAACCCUUCCCUACAUGUCCCCAGAGCUCUGUACCGUGGCCCUGAUGGAGGGCCAGAAAGAAGUGACCGCUCCUCCACUUAGCGUGGAGCCAAGCCUUGACACCUGGGCCUUCGGGGUGGUUAUCUUCUCGCCUUCAGAUUCAACAGCAUCCCGGGGGCCUUCAGGGCGCUGUUGGCCGUGUUGGAAUGGCAGACCCAAACUUGGGCUGGGGCCACAACACCGUUGGCCCCCCAUCUUGCUUUACAGGCUAUAUUGAGGAGAUUACACUAACCAGGGUCAUCUUUCAGCUGACCUCUGGGCCCGACUGCACAUCCAGACUGGUCAUGCAAAACAGUUCUACGACUAAUCUCUUCACACACACACACGCUGUAACAGACACAGUGUUUGAUAAAACCGUGUUUGCAGGCGUAUAUUCAUGUAUUCAACUCUAAAAAAAUCUUGCUUCGCAAAAAAUUGCAUCUGAUGAAGAGAUUAUACUUUUCUGCUAAAUUCAUUGGCACGAACUCUCAUCGGUAGACAAGGGAGGAAUUUGACUUGGCGGUUGGUGCAUGAAAGCAGCAAGGUAUUAGGAAUGGGAUUAGCAGAGGUGAAGGAUAUGCUGUCUCCACAUUGUUCUGAAACUUGAAUUCAGAAUCCAGAGGAGUCAGACAGCAACACAAAGAGCUGUAGAGUAAAUUUUCAUAUCGCUUUGGUAGGCCUGUAUUCACAAUUGGGACUGAUCGAAAAUGCUUAGCCACCGAGCCGAUGUAUCUUCCUAUUACGGUUUGUAUGGUAGCAUCUGCUGCUCUUAUUAAAACUAUAUCUUCAAAAUAAACUUCCCUUGUUGUUUUCGGGGUCUAGUAGUGGAGGAAAGCAACUACUAAAAUGUUGCUUUCCGAAAUAGACUGGAGUAAAAGUAUUAGGGAGCAUUAGUUGUAAACACUUACAACAACACACAAAAUAUCUGGAAUUUCUCAAAAAUCUGUUUACUGUUCAGCUUAUGCUUUCUAAAGUAAUCAUUAAAUAAUAUAUAUAUAUAUAUAUGUACAUAUAUAUAUACAUAUAUAUAUUAGGGCUGUCAAAUGAUUAACACUUUUAAUCAAAUUAAUCAGAAUUUUCAGUGCAUUAAUCAGGAUUAAUCACUAUUUGCAAUUACACCUGACCCUAACCAUUUUUUCUUUCUGAAAUGCAUACCAAAGAUAAAUAACAGGACACAGAUACAUAAUUAUCAUUAUUAUUAUCAUCAUUAUUAUUUUUUAAAUAAAUACAUGUUAUUGAUAAUUGACUUGGUUUAAUUCAUUCCAGAAAAUAAUCAAAGCAAUGUUAUUUGAUAAGUUACAGACUGAUUUCCCUGCAUGGCUCUAGAAGGGUCUUGAGCCUCUGCAGUUUAUCCCACUCUGCUGCGGUCGGCAAAACGAGUUUGUGCUCCUGAUGGUCCAGGGCUGCGAUGACCGGACAUGUCAACCCUCCCGAUUUUUCCGGGAGACUCCCGAAUUUCAAAGCCCCUUCCAAAAAUCUCCCGGACCGCCCUUACCCCGAAUUUCUUCCGAUUUCCACCCGAACAAUAUUGCUGCACCAUGCGUCACUGGGCGCGCCAUUUCAGACCGAACAAUAAUAGAGGUUACACCUUGAAGUCAAGCGCGCCAAUUAGAACGGAAAAAGAUGAGACUGCCGCUGCAAAGGAAACCGCUAUUGUGUUGGUCAAAUGAUCUGAGCUUGAUUUUGUUAAUGGCCUGCGAAUAUUCAGCGUGGACUGGCGCAAACGACUUGCUGAACCUGACGGCCUGACAUAUGCCUGCAGGUGGCAGUAAUGUGUUGUAUAGGAUGAAGUGCAUUCCCUAGAGGAAGAGGUACUUUCCUGACCUGAAUAAUUUGUCUCACUGCGCAUGCGUGAAAUGUGUUAAAAAAAUUGACGUAAUUAACAACAAACAACUAAUUAACGUCGUUAACGCGCUAUUUUUGACAGCCCUAAUAUAUAUAUAUUCUCUUUUUUUAGGCUCUAGUAUUUGAGCUAUGUUUUAAGUAUUAAAAAGCACAGGUGACAAUGUAUUUCUGUAAACAGGGCAUCUACGUUUGUUGAUGUUG